GUGGAUUAAGUAGAAGAGGAAGAAGCCUCUGCUGUGACAGACACCAACUCUAACGUGGACACCUUCCUUUUACUCAAGUACAGGGUUUAGCCAUGUGGCUCUACUUGGCUGCCCUGUUGGGGUUUUACUUCCUUCGUCGAUGGUACCGGGAGAGACAGACUGUGGAAAACCUGACAGAGAAGUAUGUCUUCAUUACUGGCUGUGACUCUGGCUUCGGGAACCUGCUCGCCAGGCAGCUGGACACCCAAGGGAUGCAGGUGUUGGCCACCUGUCUUACCCAGAAAGGGGCAGAGGAGCUUGAGAAGGCCACCUCAGGGAGACUGAAAACCACCAUUUUGGAUGUCACCUCCACGGAGAGUGUUGCUGCAGCAACAGAGUGGGUGAAAGGAUGUGUUGGAGACAAAGGACUCUGGGGCCUAGUAAACAAUGCUGGUAUAGUUGUUCCUACAGGCCCCAAUGAAUGGCUGACCAAGGAGGACUUUGCAAAGAUGAUAAAUGUUAACCUCCUUGGGGUGGUCGACGUAACACUGCACAUGAUGCCCCUGGUGAGAAAAGCCAGAGGGAGGGUGGUCAACGUGGCCAGUACAUCUGGAAGAUUGGCAAGCUCUGGAGGAAACUACUGUGUUUCCAAGUUCGGCGUAGAAGCCUUCUCGGACAGCCUGAGGCGAGAGCUCCAUCCUUUUGGAGUCCAUAUCAGCAUUGUGGAGCCUGGUGCUUUCAAUACAGCAGUUGUCAAUGUCCUAGAAGAGAACUAUCAGAAAAUGUGGGACCAGACACCUCCUGACAUCAGAGAAUGCUAUGGGCAGGAAUAUUUAGAUACUUACUUCGAGUUAUGCCGACAAUUCUCAAAGAAAGCCAGCAAGAACCUCCGCCUGGUCACUGACUGCAUAGAGCAUGCCCUGACAUCCCGAUAUCCCCGCACUCGUUACUCUGCAGGCUGGGAUGCAAAACUCUUCUUCCUUCCUCUCUCUUACUUGCCAACUUCAGUGGCAGACUAUGUGAUCAUCCACUUUCUUCCAAGGCCAGCACAGGCAGUGUAGAUCAUUUUACAAAAGCAGCACUGGGACAGUCCGUAGUGGGUUGAUAAGCAGCGUGGAUGGCAAUUAACAUCAGUUAAAUAAAUGAAAUCAAAGUGCCUGGUUUAUUUUUAACUGGGGAAUUUUCUCAAGUUUCUGGAUCACUUUAGAACCACGGUUGUCAACAUGACAGCUUAUAAUCAUGUCACACAGCUGUUAGCAUGGAAGCAACUCGACAGCACAUAAACAUACCACAGAUGGUGACCAGGGAGUCCCCCUCUCCACCCAGCUCUCAGCAGUCUUCAUUUCCCUGACUAUUUAGCGAGACAGGGAAGCAAGAAAUGUCAGCACGGAGACUUAUGGAAGGAAGCUGUAUUAUAGCUAUGCGGCUAGGCAGCCAGACAAACCUGGACUAUACAUUUAUGGGUGAUACGGGGCUUCUGAGUAUUGCUCUUAGCAUGUAAUGGCACUACUUCAUCAAUAGAAUAUGGGGACAGACAAGGGCAAGGGUCCAAGCAACAUCAUCUUCCAUUUGUCUCCCUCUAGUGUUCCCCACCCCUUCACGGAUUGCUGUCUUGUUGUGGCGAAGGGGAUGA